CGAAACAAAACUCGCAUAUUAAGUAACAUUUGGAAAAAAUACUGGUGACUUUCGUCCAAUUGUUCUCUUGACCUUGCUGAUAUUAUGCAAUGAUUCAAAAGAAGACGAAAUUCUUGCAUGUGUCUGCGAAUGUGGGUGUGUGAGAAGUUUAGGGAGUGUCACUCUGACCGCGCGUUUCAUAACCAGUGAAGUAUAUAUCUGCCAACUGGCUUCCAGUGGAAGAGCAGAACAGCCCGCCCGGCGCGUCCAGAGAGCUUCCACUUCUCCGCAGCAAUGGCCUGUGUCUCAGGAAUCCUUCUGUUGGUGCUGAUGGUCACGGCUGAGGCUUAUGUGGGAAACUCCAGUGAGUCCAGCUUCUGCACAGAGACCAAGGAGUGCCUUCUGUUCGACCUGGUGUGCAAAACACCAGAGUAUGAGGUGCGUCAUUACAGCCUGACCAGGUGGGUGUCGACAGAGGCGGAGUCCUACUUCAUGGAGAUUGCAGUAACCACGGCAUUCCGGAGACUCUUUAAAUACAUCACAGGAGCCAAUGAGAAUGGUCAGAAGAUCGACAUGACCGCUCCUGUCCUGGUGAAAAUGCAAGAGGAUAGGAAGCUACUGCAAUCCUCUGUCUACACGCUCAGCUUCCUGCUGCCAUCAGCCUAUCAGGCAAAUGCACCCAAACCCACUGAUGAGAAGGUGUAUUUCACCGACAUGGCGGAUACCAUGGUGUACGUGAGGAGCUACGGGGGCUGGAUGGUAUCCAUGACAGACAGAAUCCACUCCAGCCAGCUGAAGAAAGAUCUGGACAGGGUUCAGGCCGCUUAUGGAAAGGACUUCCACUAUGCUGUUGGCUAUGACAGCCCCAUGAAGCUGCUGAAUAGACACAACGAGGUGUGGUACAGUGUUGAAGGGGAGCCAGUGUGCACCAGCCCAGACACUCCAUGAAUCCCAAUCCCGGCCAUGGAGCAAUGAGGAAUCCUGGCCAUACCCGCUGGUAAUCAAAACCUGCUACAUGCAAAAGAGGCUGAACACAGUGGUUUCAUAGGGAAAAUGUAAGAAAAGAACAAAAUGUGAUAUUCUUUACAUAACAGUAAAAAAUGUUGAGAAUAAGGAAUGAAACACUCAUGAUGAAUUUCAUUACCUGGAGCUCCAUAUCCCUGUAUGAGUUGUAGUUUUAU